AUGGGUAGUAGUCCGCAGCUAGGAGACGCCAUAGGCGAUGCGGAAGCUCGUCUGCAAGCUGCAGCUCAGGCAUAUCCAUCCCAGAACGGUCCAGAUGCAGCCACUCUCUCUGCAGAACCGUGGCGGAUGCUCAUCGAUGCUCAUGUAGCAAAUUUACACAGUCAUAAUGGCAUCAUCAAGGAAAUGUACAGGCUCGCCUCUCUUGGCCUGCCAGGAGCAGUACUACUGUUUCAGGAUCUGAAUAACGUACGCUCGCGAGCUGAGAGGAUGCUGGAAGAUGCUACUAAAGCCCGCAACGCUGUUGACGAGUACCUCCGAGCUCCCACUAAAGCCUCCCAGCACGGCGAGGUAAACAAGACAGCACAGGCUACGGCCCAUGGUUCGAAGAAUGAAACAACCCAACCUGCAUUAGCCAAGUAUCCUGAGAAUAUCGAGCACGAAUCAUCGCGUUCUCCAAGUCAGCCGUACACAAACCCUUACUUCUACGUUGAAACCCAGUCUGCACCUGCGUCCGCUACAGAGCACAGCGCGUCGACGACGACCAAGCCCAACAGCGAUGCACAUCAAGGUGAAGAUGCCAGUUCGAGACUUCAUCUAGGCAACUGCCCAUAUCAAGCCACCGUCGAUGACUUCAGGACAUUUUUCACGGGGUAUCAAACGCAGGCGAUCAAUGUACCCGUCAAUCCUCGCACUCAGAGGGCUGUCGGAUACGCCUUUGUCACCCUUCGCAGUGCCGCAGAAGCACAGCGUGCUGUUGCUGAGUUGAACGGCAAAACCAUGUUCGAGCGUAAGAUCGGCGUUCAGAUAGCACGGCCAGGUCCGAACGACAUGCCCAAAGCGAGCCGGACCCGCUCCCCAUCCUUUCUUCCGGGAGCCUCAGAUUCGUCUCCUGACAGCGGCCGCGCCACACCAGCUCCCGCAGCCGGGCCAGGGACCCAUAGACCAAACCAGCAAUAUGUACCAGGAGUGCAGGAUAUCAGCGCGACUGUCUACAUGUGCAACCUGCCCGUUCGCACCGACACCGACGACAUCGUCCCCUUCUUCGCCCUCACAGGAUAUCAUGUCCGCAACGUAGACACACAUUGCAGGUUCCACGCAACACACGAGUCCUACUACGCCUUCGUGACUCUCCGCGACGCAGACGAGGUUCAAUGCGCCAUCGCAGAGCUUCACUACGUGAACCUUGAGGGCCGCCGUGCACUUCUCGAACCCGCGAGUCUUCACAUGUGGCCGAGGAUCGGACCGCAGCGUCCAACCAACAGCGGUGUCGAACGGGCACCAACACCAGCCGUGGAAUACGACGACAUCACGGGGGAAGUCAACGCCCGUCUCGCCGCGACCCGGCAGCGCAAGAGGGAGGCGCAUACCCAGAAGAGGGAAAGGAAGAGGAAGCGCGUGUCUGGCGACUCGGUGAUCUCAGAUCCUGCUGCCGGCAACGCGGACUUUCACGCCCUGCCGCCGUUACCGAAGAGACCUCGUCAGUUUUGGGGUGGUAGUUUGCCGCUGUACUCGCAGGACGAAACGCAUGGCAGGCUAUCGCCGGUGGAUGGGUAUACGCCGCAUCGUGUGGCGAAGAGGGAGUGGGAUGAUGGGUACGGUGCCGAGAGUCCGGCUGCGAAGAGGGUUAAGGUGGAGCCGGUCUGA